AGAAGCCGGACUGGAUGGGCCAGUGCUUUAAUCACCGGGGCGAAGACGGGGCGUGGAGAGGAGCUAGCCAACGCGGCAGCAGCGCCUGGCGCACUGGAAGUGCAGGGGACGCGCCCGCAGGGUUGGUGGCCGCGCCUGUGACCUCUCCUUUAGGCUGAGAACACAGGCGGAGGAGUUACCGAGGAGCCCACUGAACUGGCUAGCCGAAGGAGACAAGCCUAUAGUCUCCAUGAUCCUUCCGUCCUCUGUUCUUUCCCUGGUCCGCUCCAUGUUCAAGAGCUGCGCUCCGCAGCCAGGACGAGGAGAGCUAUGGAGGAACAGGGUAUUCAGUGCGCCCCGCCGCCUCCCGCCGCCUCCCAGACAGGGGUACCUCUCGCCAACCUCUCCCACAACUGCACCGCCGACGGCUACAUUUACCAGGACUCCAUCGCCCUGCCCUGGAAAGUCCUGUUGGUUGCUUUGUUGGGGCUCAUCACCUUGGCCACCACGCUCUCCAACGCCUUUGUAAUCGCUACGGUGUAUCGGACUCGGAAGCUGCACACCCCGGCUAACUACCUGAUCGCCUCUCUGGCAGUCACUGACCUGCUCGUGUCCAUCCUGGUGAUGCCCAUCAGCACCAUGUACACGGUCACUGGACGCUGGACACUAGGCCAGGUGGUCUGCGACUUCUGGCUGUCGUCGGAUAUCACCUGUUGCACUGCUUCCAUCAUGCAUCUCUGUGUCAUCGCCUUGGACCGCUACUGGGCCAUCACUGAUGCGGUGGAAUAUUCGGCUAAAAGGACUCCCAAAAGGGCGGCCAUCAUGAUCGUGCUGGUGUGGGUCUUCUCCAUCUCUAUUUCGCUGCCACCCUUCUUCUGGCGUCAAGCCAAAGCGGAGGAGGAGGUGCUGGACUGCUUUGUGAAUACCGACCACGUCCUCUACACUGUCUACUCCACGGUGGGCGCUUUCUAUUUACCCACCCUGCUCCUCAUCGCCCUCUAUGGCCGCAUUUACGUGGAAGCCCGCUCUCGGAUUUUGAAACAGACACCCAACAAGACUGGCAAACGCUUGACCCGAGCUCAGUUGAUAACAGACUCCCCAGGAUCCACGUCCUCGGUCACCUCUAUUAACUCCCGGGCUCCGGAGGUGCCCAGUGAGUCCGGGUCUCCGGUGUACGUAAACCAAGUCAAAGUGCGAGUCUCGGACGCCCUGCUGGAAAAGAAGAAACUCAUGGCCGCUAGGGAGCGCAAAGCCACCAAGACCCUAGGGAUCAUUUUAGGAGCAUUUAUUGUGUGCUGGCUGCCCUUCUUCAUCAUCUCCCUGGUGAUGCCCAUCUGCAAGGAUGCCUGCUGGUUUCACAUGGCCAUCUUUGACUUCUUCAAUUGGCUAGGCUAUCUUAACUCCCUCAUCAACCCCAUCAUCUACACCAUGUCCAAUGAGGACUUCAAACAAGCGUUCCAUAAACUGAUAAGCUUUAAGUGUACAGGUUGACUUGUCAAUGGCAGUGGGGUCGCCUAAGCGACCUUUGGGGACCAAGUUGGGUCUUUUCACAGGUAGGUCAAAUCUUCUUUCCCUGUUACUGGGUGGAAACAAGGCUCUCUCUCUCUUGGGCAAGGGCAAUGGAUCCUCAGAAGCCCCUCAGAAGCCAGGCAGAAGCCUGGCUUCUCUGAGAGAGCACUCUGGAAUGUGAACAGCACAAACUUCUGGAAAAAGCUUCCAUGCUGAGAAGCUUAGCUUCCUCCACUCAAAGUCGGGGCUCAGCACAGAUCCUCCAGCAGCCAAUCAAACAAAAGGUAGCAACUUUUUAACGUUGAUGAUGGGAUGGGUAUCUCUGCCCCGUUUUGUAUCAUGGAUGUUGUUACCCUCCAAGCCAGUAGCACUUGUAGGUGUUGUCUGAAGCGUGUCUGAAACACCUCUACAUACAGCCUGGCAGUACUUGAACUAGACAAUUAAUACCCUGUGCUCUGGAGAGAACUCUGUGUUACAGCUUAAUUUUAAAACACUUUGGCAUCCUUCAGUUUUCAUUUAUUUAUUUAAAUUUGGUUGGAGAAACUCGUGGAUUUGGUGCUUCAAACACAGAACGUGGCUUGGACGGCACAGAGCAACCUUGAAGAGUUAACAGCAAAAUUCUGAUGCUAAGAUCUCUAUUUUUAUUACAAUCAAAAAUUAUAUGGGGGUGGUGGGUGGGCAUGGGAGAAGGGGAGCGUUACACUGAGAAUCAACACCUAAGAUUGAUUUUUUUUCUGCAGAUUUCUAAUUUUUUUAAUUCCUGUUUAGUGAUCGUCAAACCACAACUCUUAACAACUCAAAACACGAUGUGUGCUAGUGCCAAAGUCUGCAGGUUGCUUUGUUUUCCUAAUAUCAUGGACCAGUCAUUUUACACACUUAAAUCCCCACUGAUGGAGGAUAGGCUGGGUUGCUCAGCCCAAUUUGCUGCUGUCAGAAGAGUUUAGCAAGUGGAUUAGAGUUGUAUACAGUUCCUUAACAAGAAAGUAUCUUUAUUCCUUAUCCAGUUCCGUGAUGCAUGGAGGAGACUGAAGAAACACCAGAGAUUUCUUAUAUAAUUAAGAAAUGAAGGGGAAAAUAGGAGGAUGUAUAUUUUUGACUUGUAAAAAAAAACUUAAAUUGCAUGAGACAAUUUUUGAUAAUCAUUUGCACUCUCCCAUCUGUGAUUCCUUUGUGUGCAAAUUUAUAAAGUAACCAAGAGAACUGGCUUUCCUAUCCAGAAAUCCUCAAAAUGCAGCCAGAUCCCCGAAACUAUUAAUGUGUGUGUGUGUGUGUGAGAGAGAGAGAGAGAGAGAGAGAGAGAGAGAGAGAGAGAGAGAGAAAGAGAGAGAGAGACAGAGACAGAGUCAGAGACAGAGAGACAGAGAGACAGAGAGACAGAGACAGAGACAGAGAGAGGGGGGCUGAGAUUCCAGCUUAUUUUGUCCUUACUAUUGAAGUUUGGGCAGGAACAGCUAGGAAAAUUACACAUUAGAAAUUUAAAAAAGCCGAGAGAGCCUGAAAACAAACCUAUUUUCUUUAUAACUUAUAGAACCAAACCUCAGGCUUACUAAACAACCAGGAAACUGGCAAGCCUUCUAGCCUUGGAAAUGUGUUAGUGACCUGCCACUUCAGUGACUAUAACAUCUGAAAUAAUUUAAGCGGAUCUCUUUUUCUAAGUUUCAAUAACACUUAGCUAUUUUGGAUUCACUUUGGGGGUUACACAAUAGAGUAAAAUCACAUAUUAGAAGAUGAAAAAAAAUGCACUUUCUUAAUAAAAAGAAGCAGUCCUGAAGGGUUAACUGUAAGAACAAAUAUGUAUUUGGAAUGUUUAAUAUGCCAAAGAAGAUUCACAGUCUUUGCUUCAGAGGCUGUCUGUGCUGGAGACCUUUUGUCUGCAGAAGGAAGCUGUCUUUAUCAAAUGGAUCCACUCCCAGUGUGAAGCUGCCCAGACCAGAUCAUCAGACAAUAGAUGUAGUGAGCUGAAGUACACUGCUUGCCUACUGUGCAGACCUUCACAUUGGGUAAUGACUCUUGAAAAGAUGCUAUUCAAAUGUUCACAUGUACUGUAGGUAAAAAAGGGAAUUUCAACCAACGUUAUACCUGACACUGGAGUAGGAUGAAACCUUAGGCACUAGAUAACCCUAUAGACUGGGAUCUAUAGUGUUUUCUGCUGGGUCCCAAGCUUCUCUGUGCUUUGUGACAUUUCUCCUAUGGAGGAAUGCACAUAGAGCAUGGCAUUUGUUUUUUAUAUUGCUAAUAUGUUGGUCUUCUGUUUAUGUAGCUGUGUUUUCUCGGGGUCUAAGAGGCAAUUAAUUCAACUUUUAAAAGCCUUAGGGGAAAAUUAAUGGAAACAAAUAGCCACUUGCAAAUGAUUUCUUUAUAGGGCACCUACAAUGAUUGUGUCAUCAUGUUAACAAAACAUGGUCAAUUUAUACAAAUGGGUUGUUUGUCAUUUUGUAAAUCACCCACCUUAAUUAUCGCUUGAGUAUUUGGCUGAACUGACUGAAUUUUGGGCAUCGUGUAUCAAAUAGAAGCUUGCAAACCUUUGUAGUGAUAAGAGAUCUAGGAUCAUCAUCCAGCCUUGCACAUGAUUAUGCAAGGUGUAUAUUCAUCCCAGGGGUAUGCAGUUAGGACUGUUAAGUUCCUAUUGCAUAUAAGCAUAGUUUAUUUCAUAAACUGGACACGUGUCUUUUUUUGCAGAACAUAAAAUGGGAGAUGGAAAUGUUUAACUUACAUAAAAAUGAAGCUAUAUUUUCAUUGACUAUGGUAAUAAAUACCAUUUUCCAUAUUGUUUAAUUGCACAAAAAUUUCACUCAAGUAUAUGAAUGUAUACUCAUUUAAAAUUACAAAUAUUGUCUUGUGUUUGUAGGAACUUUAGAGUUUCCUUUAAAAAAUGGACCCUGCACCCAUGGAAUGAAUGUUUAAGGAAUUCAACAAAUUUUCUAUAGAACAACAUUGUUCACCUUUCCUCUUCGUUUUAUCUUCUUUAAGCAGGAAGCACUGAGAGGACUCUAAUUUACUCAAGCAGUAGCGUCUCAGACUGUGUGUAUUUGUUGGAGUUCUGUGUCUGAAAUUGCCUUUGGUAUUUCACCUCUCAGAAAAUGUGUAAUUGGAAAAUACAUUUAGGUAAAUGAUAAAAUAAAAGUCUUUUUUGUGUU